AUGGAGAAUCCCAACAAUGGAGGCAACGAUCCCCGGGCCAUGGGUCGCGCAGAGUGGUCUCGCAACGCCAGAGCCAUGAUUGAGGAGAAGCGGCAGAUGGCCAUGCACAACCGCCAGCGUUUCGAACCCGUCGUCCGCGAGCAGAUCCAGCGUCUAUUCCGGGACUACGAGGCCCCAUUCUAUGCGCGCAUCCGUGGCUUCGGAAAGGCGCAAACCCUCACGCUUGCCGAGUCGACCGUCUCUUCUCUUGCCGCCGCCAACAACCGCAGCUUCAGCGACUCGGAGACGCAAGCGCUGACGGAGCACUUUGUAUCAAGCAUCCACGCCAUGCUCGUCUGGAAGUGGACCAUGACCGGCCUCGCCGUGUACAUGACCUAUCGUGGCCGCAACACCUGGCGUUUCCCCUUCUUCAAGCCCAAAAUGGACGGCAGGUGGAACCCGGUGACGGGUGGCCCGCGUGUGAAGAUCAUGUGGCAUUCUGCUCGCUUUGCUGCCUACUACGGGGCCUGUUGGCUCCUCGGAGAACCGGUCUUUCAGGGCGCCAACUUCAUGCGAUACCGUGCUGCCAUGGAGCAGGAUCCUCGGCUGACAGCGAUGCUACGAGACGGGAAGGCGCGGGCCCAGGAGAUUUUCGACCAGCACAUUCCCAACAACCAGAGUGGCAAUUCCGAAAACCAAUACGGCGACGGCUGGAAGCCGGAGUCACAGUCCGAACGCUUUGGCGGGGAAUCCGGGAGCGAGUCAGGCAGCAUAACUGCGCAAGCACAGCCAGCCUGGGGUUCAUACCGCCAACAGCAGGAACCGCAAUCGUCUCCGCGGAGAGACUCAUGGGAGGCUGUUUCACAUGACAUCGAUGACGCAUCACCUCAGGCGCCAGCGAUGAGUCAACAGGGCGGGCACAGCCCGGAAAGCCACCAAGGCUCGGCAUGGGACCGCAUUCGGCAACAAUCUCAAUACAAACCCCGACAGGACCGUCCGCCAGGACAACAGAGUUGGCAAACACCUCGUGCAACUGGCGGUUGGGGGGAUGACGACGAUUCAAGUCCACAGGCCCGUAGCUCUCAAGAUAGCUACCUUUCCGACGAAAAUCACGGGGCCAAAUCUCAAGCUCAAAGGGAGUUUGACGAAAUGCUGGAAAGGGAACGCCGUGGCACGGCGCAGGAGCAAGGCUCCUGGCCUAGGAGAUAG